GAGCGGAGCCGGAGCGCGGCGCGCAGAGAGAGCCAUGGCUGGGGAUGGCGAGGGACGCGGCCACACACCCGCCGCGGCCGCGGCUGCGGGGCCCGGCCUGAGGGAGCGGCGGCCCUAGGACCGGCCCGGCGGCGCCAGCCAGCAGCGGGGAAAAAAUAAUAAAUACGUUGCCACAAAAUAAAUAUUGAAAGGGGGAAAAAUAUAAUAAUAGUAAUAAUAAUAAUAAUAAAACGACCGAAACCGGGAAAGCCAGCAGCCCGGCGACAGCAGCAGCAGCAGCACCGCCGCCACCAGCCCGCAGCGCUCGCCCGCCGCCGCCGGCCCGCGGGAGCAACCGGCCGCCGCCAAGAGCUCCGGGACGCCCCGCCGCCCACCAGAUAGAUGUGCGGUCCCGCCGCCCGCACGGCCGACGAUGAACGCGCAGCUGGCGAUGGAGAACAUCGGCGAUCUGCACGGGGUGAGCCAUGAGCCGGUGCCCGCCGCCGCCGACCUGAUGAGCGGCAGCCCCCACCACCGGAGCGCGGUGGCCCACCGCGGCAGCCACCUGCCGGCCCACCCGCGCUCCAUGGGCAUGGCGUCCAUCCUCGACGGCGGCGACUACCACCACCACCACCGGCCGCCCGAGCACGCGCUGACCGGCCCCCUGCACCCCACCAUGACCAUGGCCUGCGAGACACCCCCCGGCAUGAGCAUGAGCAGCACCUACACCACGUUAACCCCUCUGCAGCCUCUACCUCCCAUCUCGACGGUCUCGGACAAGUUCCCUCACCACCACCACCACCACCACCACCAUCACCAUCCCCACCAGCGGAUACCGGGCAACGUGAGCGGCAGCUUCACGCUCAUGCGGGACGAGAGGGGUCUGGCGUCCAUGAACAAUCUCUACACCCCCUACCACAAGGAUGUUACCGGCAUGGGGCAGAGCCUCUCUCCGUUGUCUGGAUCGGGCCUGGGGAGCAUCCACAACUCCCAGCAAGGGCUGCCCCACUACGCUCAUCCCAGUGCCACCAUGCCCGCCGAGAAAAUGCUCACCCCAAACGGAUUUGAAGCCCACCACCCUGCCAUGUUAGCCAGGCAUGGCGACCAACACCUCACCCCCACCUCCGCUGGCAUGGUGCCUAUCAACGGGAUCCCACACCACCCCCAUGCCCACUUGAAUGCCCAGAGCCACGGGCAGAUCCUGGGCUCUGCCAGGGAGCAAAACCCUUCUGUAACUGGUUCGCAGGUCAACAGUGGAAGUAAUUCAGGGCAAAUGGAAGAAAUCAAUACCAAAGAAGUAGCUCAGAGGAUCACCACCGAGCUGAAGCGGUACAGCAUCCCCCAGGCUAUCUUCGCCCAGAGGGUGCUGUGCCGCUCCCAAGGGACGCUCUCAGACCUGCUGAGGAACCCCAAGCCCUGGAGCAAGCUCAAAUCCGGCCGGGAGACCUUCCGCAGAAUGUGGAAGUGGCUCCAGGAGCCGGAGUUUCAGCGGAUGUCUGCUCUGCGGCUUGCAGCGUGCAAGAGGAAAGAACAAGAACACGGCAAGGAUAGAGGGAAUACACCCAAGAAGCCUCGGCUGGUCUUCACUGACGUCCAGCGUCGAACUCUACAUGCAAUAUUCAAGGAAAAUAAGCGUCCGUCCAAAGAAUUACAAAUCACCAUUUCCCAGCAGCUCGGGUUGGAGCUGAGCACCGUCAGCAACUUUUUCAUGAAUGCACGGAGGAGGAGUCUGGAUAAGUGGCAAGACGAGGGCAGCUCCAAUUCAGGCAACUCAUCUUCUUCAUCAAGCACUUGUACCAAAGCAUGAAGGAAUAACCACGAACUAAAACCUCGGUGGAAAAGCUUUAAAAAUAAAUAAAUAAAUAAAUAAAGACAGACCAGGACCUCAAAAUAGCAGGUUUAUACUUAAAACUAUUUGAAAAAAAAAUAUUUAUAAGUCCAAAGAAACCAAAGACUUAUUUCACCUGCAUUGUGACUUUGUUCUAAGACACACACUUUAGUAGGAUGACGACUUGCAAAAAACAGAGAGGAAGAAGGAAGCGAAAUGGAGGGAACGGAACGGAAAGCAAAGAGAAGAGGAACAGACCACUGGUCUUACACCUUUGCCCAUUAUCAUCUUCACCGUACUUGGCUGUUUAGUGGUUUGGAGCAUAGUGAUUUCCUGUCAUUGAGCAGACAUCUCUUUGGAUACAGCUCUUCACGUCCACAGCACUUGCCAUGGAGGUGUCAGUGUGUCCGUACUGCGCGCACGCCAGUGGGUAGGGACUUAGGGCUGGUCUCCAGAGAGGGCUGUGCCAGGGCACGGCCCGCAGAGCGUGGAGUCGUCUGAAUUCCUUGGAACGGUAGUGUGAUUGUUGCUGUUUCACUGUUUGAACUUGGCUGGUGCAAUGCCUUGAAACGAGUUCAAACUAGGCAAAGAAAUUUUGAAUGGUACCUAAACCAGUGCAUUCUCUUUGUUUGUUAAGGAAUGUUCAGAUUUUAAAAAGGAAAACUAUUCCAUCCAUAAAAAAAUCGACUAGCUACCAAAGAACACAUUUAAUAAUUGUAUUGCAGGUAUUUUAUUGCAAUGAUUUUAAUAUUCCAAAGCUAUUUUUACACAAAUACUAUGUAGAGUUAUAGGUAUAAACUAAUCUAACUGUAUAACACAUAAAACUUGUAAUCAAGACUGUUAUUUGCAAUUAGUAAAACCACAUUAUCGUUUCUUUCUGUGAUUGGCAAGAAAGAAUGUCACCCGAGGAGAUCACAGCCCCUGGAACCGAGCACAGGAUGCUGCUUCCAUUGAACUCAGUGAGCCCUUUCCUCACUGCCUUCAACGGGAGCACAAGGAGGGGCCGCGUGUCAGAGCGGCGUGUGGCACUGUGUGUGGCACUGUGUGACAUUGUCCCCAGGCUGCAGCCCGGGCCCUGUGUUCCAGAGUGGCUCAGCUCUGCCAUCUAGCCUGCGAACAGGAGACCUGAGGCACUCAGGAUGCAAAAAAAAUGAAACGAAUUGAGGGAUGCAAAACCACAGGGCUCGGCGUCUGAUCAAUACUCAUUGACAUUAGUGAGCUUUUUUUUACCUAUCGACUUUACCAGGCAAAGGAAUAGUAACAGCUUUGACGGCUCGUGGUCCUUUCCUCCUGGAAACAGUGGUACAACAUCAGUUAACGUGGGAGGAGCUCCGAGGGGAGCUCCAGGAGUGCUUUUGGAAGGAGGAAUUGUGAUCUCUCUGAAGUCAAGGGCAAAAUUCCCGUGACACCGAGACACAGCCCGAUGUUUUGUGGCUCUGUAUCUGUGUACAGCAGGCUGAGCUUCUGCACCGUGCAUUCUUUCUUGCUCAUCUAUUAGUCAGGAUAAUGCAUUAAAUAGUUUGAAGUUUGUAGCUGAAAAGCUUUAAACGCUCUGUUGCUAACAGACCCAUAGGAGAGAAAUCAUCCCGUUCCUACCCUGAUAAAACUAAAGAGAAAAGUGUGAAAUAUCUGCAUAUUAAAUUAUAAUGUAAGGGGAAAAUAGGCUUUAAAAACCAUACAUGUGCCUGUUAGAUUUCUAACUGGUAUUUCAAAUUACUGUAGUAAUUAUGCUAGGUAUAUUUAAUUCCAAAAUAAGCAAAUAUGCAGGUAUAGGCCCAAUGCAAGGACUAGAAAUAGGUAAUCUUACUUCCAACCUUUUUUUUGUUUUUAAGGAAAAAAAAAGACAAAGGAAAAUUCAAGGUAAACUAGAAUCCAAACACUAUAAACAGUAGCAGAUACUGGUUGGGGGAUGAAGCCCAUCCAAAAUACCAGUGACACCAAAGUAGAGCAAUUUUUGUAGCACCAGUUGUUUCCCAAGAGGACAGGGUCUAGUCAAGGUUCAGGGUUUAUUUCCCCCCAGUGUUUAGAAUACAGGUAAAAUAUCUCUUUAUUAAAAUAAAGUAAAAUAAAAUAACCCCAAUAUUUUUGGCACUGAAUAUUUCUCCGUAUUUCAGUAUGUUAAACUCACGUUAAGGCUGACAAGGCAAUUGUCUAUGAAAAUGGCAUCUAAUCUGGACUUUUUUUGAGUCUCUAGCUUACCUUAAAUUUUAGAAAGCUUUCUUUUAAAGUGUUCCAUCCCCAUGGAGACAUAAUUGACAUGGAAACAUUGAUAAGCUCACAUAUAAAGUACCUUAUGAAUGCAGUCUCAUUAGUGUAAGGUUAAUAAAGGACAGUGAUAAGUAACUGGUUUAGUUUUUUCCAGCAAAACACUGCUUUGUAACGUACCUAUAGUUUAGAGAAUAAAGCCUUAUUUAUUUAAAACUUGAGAAUUUAAAAAUGCAGGGAAAUUCAAAGUACAUUGCCGCAUUUUUAGUAUUUCCAUUAUAUUGUCUUUAUAGACUACUUGCUGAAACCAAAGAGAACUUUCAUACCAGCAUUAAAUUUGCACCCAAUAUGCAAUUUCAGGAUCUGUGAUACACACACAUGCAAGCCCCUAAGCAGGACUGUGUAUAUGUACAUGCACACACAUUUUGAUGGGGUGUAUGUAUGUAUGUAUACACGUGCACACACGUGUCCACACACACCAAAACUGAUGCACAAGUUGUAGAUUUUAAGUGUUUUGGGUUUUUUACAUGUCUGUUUAAGUAGAUAUAAUAAACCUUUUGGUUUUCUCUAAGCCAUUAGGAACAAACCACUCUUCCCACGAGCAAUAUGCGCCUCAUACACUGAAUAGGCAAAGAACACAAUUUCUUUCAAUUUCCUUCAGUUUCCUUCAAAACAUGAAGCAAAUAAUUCUGGAACUGCUCAGUCUACCUGGAAGGCUGUGUUACCUCUGAGCAGACUGCCCAGCCACACCGACUGAAGCACGGACAGGUUACCUGGUGCUCCCUUGCUCUGACUGGUGCCAUUACUCAACAGGGCAUCCUUGAAGGGGAGUUUCCUCUGAUGCUGCAUUUAACAUUACCCAGGAAACCUGUCUCUGCCUCUUAGUGUCAGUAUUUCAGCUCACUAAAUUCCUGACAAAAUGGAUAUUCGUUUCAAAUUCGACAAGAGGAUCUAAAACUCUGCCAGGAAGGAUUAGGAGAGGGAGCAGAACCCAAAACAGUUUGGGAGCAUCAGGAGAUGGGGCUUCAGUCAAAGGUGACUCCAAGGGCAUUAGGAACAUGCAUUCAGCUCACAGGCUGCAUCCAAACAUGACCGCAGUGACCCACGGGGGGAGGCUGGCCGAGAGGUGAACUGUCCUCAUCCAUCCCCAUUGUAAAUGGCAUCAUUAGAUUUUUAGGAAAAAAAAAACAAAACAAACUUAAAAAAAAAAAAAAGUCCUCCCACAGCCUGCCCCAGAGCUCUCCUUCAGCCCCGUGUGGCUCUCCAGGGCCGCAGCCUCCUCUCCUUACUCAGGUAAAGCAAACCCCACCAGAGCCAGCCAGCAACGGGGCUGCUGCUUGAGAGGUUGCUCCUGCACAGCCCAGGCCAGGAGCAAAUUCCCAAGCAGCCGGGGUGGCCUGGCAUGAGAGCAGCCCCAGGGCUGCCCCUGGGCACCACGCUUCUCCUGGAGUCCAGGACAGGGCCGUGGUGGUGGGCACUGCCCCAGGGCUGCUGCUGCCCCAGGGCUCACAAACACUGCUGAGCUUAUACCAAAGAGUCUUAGGACACCUCUCCUCACCUGAGUUGUAAACAGGACAUUUUUACCCCAAAAACGUUCCUUCUUUCUACUACUCUUCCUCCUAUCCUCCUCCUCUUCCUCCUCCUUUGUACAUAGGGAUGAAAACUAUGCAUUUAGCAAACAAAGAGAAAGCACUUACCCUUUUCUAUCUCACUGCGUUUGGGUGCAUUCAAAGGCCCAGGGGCUAAUUUUGAGACUUUGCUUAGCCUCCUGGUUUAUUAUUGUGGUGUGGUUAGCUUUACAAUACAUUUGGUAACUAUUUGCUAAAGACAAAGAAGCAAAAGGUAAGGAAUAGCUACUUCCACGUGUUAAAAAAAAAGAAAAAAAAAAGAAAAAAAAAGUGUGUAAAGAUCUACUAUUUAUAGUGUGAACCAAAGACGC